AUGGCGAUUGAGACCACAACCAUCCAGCGCCUUGUUGCGCAAUCAAAAGAUGAGCGACAACGCGAACCAGCAGAUGAUCUGGUCACUGUGUUCGACCGGGUCGCGCAACGACAUCCUGAUCGCACGGCUGUCAUGUCGCUCCAUCAGAAAGAUCACCUCGGCAUGGGUACUCUUCGCUGGACAUAUUCUCAACUCCGCGAUGGGAGUAUCCGCCUAGCUCAUCGACUUGCUGCUGCGGGCGUACGGCGAGGGAAUCGUAUCGCCACCUUUUUGUUUAAUGAAAUUGAAUGGGCGAUCUUGUUUCUUGCGAGUGCGCGGCUGGGAUGCCACUUUGUCCCGCUGGAUCCUCGAACCCUCAAUCAACCAUCCGAUGCGGUGUAUCUUUUGAGAAAAGUUUGGGCUGAGUCAAUCUUUGUGUCGAAUCUCAGCCUUGCCCGCCAGAUUGAGAAUAUCCUUGAGACGGAAUUAAUGCCACAGAUACGAGUAAAAUGCGUUCUCUCUACAGGAGUAGUAGGAGAAGUAGAUGGCUCUCUGCCACGCGGCUGGACGACUCUAGCUGCACUCAUGACUGGGCCUUCUCCUACAACAAAUUCGAUUUCUUCGUUAAAGCGCGAUGAUACCAUCCUCAUGCUAUGUACCAGUGGUACAACAUCUCGCCCGAAAGUCUGCCCUCAUACAUCGGUUACCAUCGUCACUCCGGCGUUGGGACUUGCCGAUCACUGGUCGAUAGGGCCAGAAAGUACUCUCUGCCAGCACUUGCCCUCUUUCCACAUUUUUAGUGUUGCGUUUAUCUUGACAUUUUGGGUAUCCGGUGGAACUGUCGUGUUUCCAAGUCCUGAAUUUAACGUCACGGCAUCCUUCGAGGCACUCGGGUCAGGAUCCAAGGUGUAUAUGGCCUGCGUACCGACAAUGGUCUACGCUAUGCAUACCUACUCAACGACCGCUGACAAGAAGCUCCCCUCUCCGUUCGGGAUCUGUCUUGGAGGAGCCCCUAUCACGCCGGAUGUCCUGUGGACGUGCAAGUCGCUCGGUGCGAAACAGAUCAUUGCGGGAUACGGGACGACUGAAGGUGUUGCGACGUUAUUCAACCCGAUGGAUGUGAACGACCCGAGAAUUACAAACGCUGAGGACGGUGACGAUGUCUGUCUAGGGACUGCGAAAGGGGGAUCUCAUCUUCGCAUUUGUGCUCCGGGUAGCAGAGAACCCUUGCGUUGCGGUGAAAUCGGCGAGCUCCACCAAGGAGGUUAUCCGGUCUUUGAUGGAUAUUUUGACGGUAGUAAGGAAGAUAAUUCCAGCUGCUACCGUGAGGGAGCCGUGCCUUGGUUUGCGACUGGAGAUCGUGGAUAUAUGGAUGAGGAGGGUUGUGUCUAUCUACUGGGGAGAUACAAGGACUUGAUCAUUCGGGGAGGUGAAAAUAUCUCCCCGUUGAAGAUCGAACAAUGCUUAUGCGGUCAGCCGGGAGUUAAAAGUGCGGUAGUGGUUGGAGCACCCGAUGAUAUUGCGGGUGAAGUCCCAGUAGCUGUCAUCGAGACACGCGACGAGAAAAGCAAGGCUUUCUUCAACGAGCUUCAGUCCGCUGUGAUACGAGCCCUGGGCCGGUCGUUCGCGCCGAAACUGAUCCUGCACCUUCAAAAUGAUCUGGGCCGCGAGAAAUACCCAACGACUACCUCCGGCAAGAUUAAGAAAAAUAUAAUCAAGGAAUGGGUGGUGGGUCAUAUAGAGAACCAUACGACACCGGAGUCUCUUGACAUCAGUGAGGAACUCACGGCCUGUUGGUCUGCUAUCUCUGGAGUAGAGCCUGAGAAUAUCAAGCCUGACAUGCCAAUUCGCACGUUCACAGACAGCACGAUGCAGAUCCAGUUCCUUAACCUGGCGAAGAAGAAGGGAUGGAAGCUCACCCUGAAGGAUUUGUUGGCUGCGGAUACCGUCCAGAAGCAAGCUCAGCUAUUGGGUAAGAAAGGAACAGCACAGUUGAGCCUUCCUGUGUCACCUCAAUCGACCACCAGCGCCAUCAUUGUCGAUAUCAAGAAGGAAAUAGCUGCUUCGCAGUUGGGAAUCGACGCAGAUGAUAUCGAGGAGCUUGUCCUAAUGACGGACAUCCUCGGACUCAUGGGCGUGAACCGGCCGUUCCCUGGUGCCUGGGAUUUCCGGAUACCUUUCAUCAUCCGACGGCCUUUGACUGCAGAUCAAGUAACGGCCGUCUUAGAGACAUGGCUGCGGCGACACGGGUUACUGCGCAGCAUGGUUGCGACUGUUGACAACGAAAGGCCAGUCUAUGCAGUCAUGCGCCCCCUUGAAUCUUGGCUUGAACAGCAAAUAAUCCAUGGGCCCGAAGUCGAGAACAUAAAAGCAGUGAUAGACUACCAACCGGAGGACUGCGUUGAUUCGAGGACUGGACCUCUCUGCAAACUCACCGUUCUACCUGUGCGAGGGACAUCCAUCUGCGGAUUUAUUCUGCACAUGCAUCAUGUUAUUUUCGAUGGGGCACUGCUAGGACGCUGGUUCCAGGAUCUAGAUCAUCUUUUAGAUGGGAAGCCUAUGUUAACAUGGCAACCUUACCGUCAUUUCGCCGCUGCCUAUGAUGCAUAUCGGUCGACUCCGGAGGCCGACGAGUCGGUCGAGUUUUACGCCCGCAGGCUCCGGGGCAUUUCUGCUGCUAAAGAUGCCAUAUUGCCCUUUGGGCGCCCGAUUGAGGAAGGCCAUAUGGUGUACUUUGGUCAUCUGCACGAGGACGGUAUCAUUGGGCCCGGGCAUGCAGCGUACACACGAACUAUCGUUAGUUCCGACGUUCGCCUUCCUCAUCUUACACAGAUGCGGUUGGCUUUUGGCAUAUCUGCCCCGAUCAUCGCCAUGGCUGCCUGUGCCUUGGUCAAUGUCCGACACUCGGGAGCACGCGAGGCUAUUUUCCUAAACCUCCAGUCCGGCCGGUCGUGGCCUCUGGAAGCCGACACAAGUACUGCACCAUCAAGCACGAUGGAAAUCGAUGGACCGACCUUCACGAACCCGGCUUCACGCAUUCCCGUCGUACCAGACGAAACUGCGCUCGAAUUGCUGACCAAAAUUCGAGCCGAUCAGGACGAGAUGAUGGUUCGUGAACAUGCUCCAAUCGGUAGAGUUUUCGACAAGCUGGCGCAAUUCGAAAACGGCACUGCCGAUAUUGCUAUGGUCCGCGACCUUUUCCAUGGCCAAAUAUUCGACUGGCUGUUAGAGCCAUUCACGGUAAAGCCCGAGCAGGCUCUGGAGAUGAUUGGAUCGACCCAUCUGUCUCCAACAGCAUGGUCAUGGAUGCCCUAUUUGAAGGACAGGAACGUAAUGCAUAUGGACAUGAUUCACAUGUAUCCGGACCUGCCUGAGAAGGAGGCGGAAUACAUUCUUCAGCACUUUCUGUGUGCGGCUGCUUGGUUGGCGGACCCAGAGAAUGCACAGAAGCCAGUUUCCCGGUGUCGAUAUGAUGGGUAUGAAUUGGCACCUGUGGUUUGUGUAAGGCAGUAG